UCUCUACCUCUCCGCGAGGGAGCACCACGCUUGGCGCGGCCUGCGACAGCCAGCAUCAUCGUCCUUUUCCGCUUAGAUUCGGCCAAUCGGCGUUUGUUUCGCUCCCAAGUUCUGUCCGUGUUUAGUCGUGUGAGAGUCGUCGUGUGGUUCGUGCGUCGUAAAUGUGUGCCGUCUUCGCGCGCGGAAUCGGGUGUUGUGAUACGCAAAUAAAAAUCUAACGAAUUAAUAUCCGUUAUCCAACAAACGCGCAAACGUUCACAAGUUGUCAAAUAUCCCCGAACAGUGGAUGGUUAGUGAUUUUUUAAAUAAUAUCUGUUGAGUGGUUUUAUUCGUGUGAAUAGUUUUUGACGGUUAUACGAAAGUGUUUCAUUUAUCCCAAACAAAGUUUGUACUGUGUGAUAGUUCCAGGGGGUCAUUCUCUCGUCCACCAAGUGCCAUUUGUUGUCGAUCUUGUUGGGAUUCGUGGUGCCUGAAAUCCUGGAUAUGGGUAAAUAACUAUUAACUAAAUCCCGUCCAAGUCGUAUGAUAGUAAUCGAGACGACAGACGGCGUAUAUAAACGUGUCUGAGCGGCGUGAAGGUCGGUCAUUGGUGAAAAAAGGAGGGAAAACGUUACACGACCGCCAGGUGUCUGGUCUGUUUACAAUCCGUUUGGCGGUUGUACACAUGAGGAAGCGGCGUUCUCGAUCCUGCGAUCUGAUGGAUGAAUUAUUCUCAUCAUGAUCGUUCGUUACCCCAACGACAACGGUCGAAUUUAACCUUGAAAGCAUAUCCACAAACCCGGUAUCCCAUCCUCGGCUAGAAAAUUCCCUUCCCGACCCUCACCCCGUGCAAGUGGGAGAUUGAAUAAUUCCGAAGGUGGUGUUUACACACAUGUGAAAAGGAAAGGAGGAAAAUCAAAAUGGAGACCGUCGCCGAUUCGAAUUCUUCUAAAAUAGGGGAGACGCCGCACGUGACAUGCCACAAAAAGCGUGUCUCUUCUAUGCAGUGUAAUAGCGUCGGUGCAACAAUUUCGAGUUUACCCGGUCGAAUGAAUACGAGGGCUUCUUCAUCUUAUCUGAGUUCGGACAGCGGGUACAUAUCUUUCACCCCAAGUUCUGCUAGUCCCGCCGUUUACACGCCUGUAACUAAUACGACAGGUUGUCGUUUACGUUCAUCCGGUAAUUGUUCGUCGGCGAGCGGUGAAAAAAAGAUCGACUCUGCCGCCAUCGUAAAACGUCGACACCGGUUGAGAAAUCCCGAACCGUUUUACUCGGAAAGAGCCUCUAGGUUCAGGUCUAAAUUGAACCAAAAAUUAGACGCCACUUCCGAAACCCCCUCGAAUUCCAAAUCAAAGAAUCCCAAUCGGCGCUCUCCCGGCUACCGGAACAAUUCCAUCAACAACGGCAACAAUGACCCCGGUUCCGAACUCGAUGGAUUGCUCAAAGCGAGACUCCGGAGUGCCGACGUCCAAAAAACCUCCGUACCAACAACACCUGCGUCAAGAUUACAGCUGCUAUCUUCUCCACCCUCGCCGGCGAUCCCAUCGCUUUCGUUCGUUGCUACAGAACCGAUCGAAGAUGUCGAAAUGAAUCUAGUCAUCGUCUCUCAAAGUACACCUCACAUUUUACCAACGUCACCGACAACCAGUAGACAAAUGCAUGGACCGGUCGGUUGUGGAUCUUCGAUUGAAAGUCGCAACAAGCUCAGCAAGCUCGUGAUAACGGACGUAUCGAAGCUUGACAUGAAACCCAAGAGGCUUAAUUUCACCGAGAGACCAAAGUUCGAAGGAAUAAGAAGAACCAGAGCCCUUCCGUAUUGCGCGGGAAAAGGUUGCGUUGAUUUUUUAACGAUAUUGGGCGAACAGAGCGAUCACUGGAGAGUUGUAUCGAAAAUUCUGUCGCUUUUGAGCCCGCAGGAUUUGUGCGCGAUUAGCAUGGUUUCGAAACCUUGGAGAAGAAUAUGCGCGCGUGAUUCCAGAGCGAACAUCAGAAGGCUUCGCCACAUCAUGAUCAGGCAAAACGCUAAGGAGAAUCUCAAAUUGAUCGCAAAAGCGAAGGCUGACGGAGAGGCCAUUGCCGCUAGUCCUAAGAGCAGAUAUUCGAGAAAGGGAUUCUUGGUAGAGGUCCAAAAUUUACUUCAAGCACCCGAAAGUCCAGCUGCCAUAAUCACCAACAGUCCACCUGUAUCACCCAGCAAAGUCAAGUUUCACUCAUUCGUCAAGGCAGGUCGUACGUUGGAGCCGUCGGAGCACCUGUUGCGUUGUCCUCGUUGUUUGUUCGCCUGUCAAAUAAACGAAGAAAAAAAUACAGCUUCAUGUUCUCGUCAGGGUUGUUCGAUGGAGUUUUGUAUUUUAUGUUCAUCUCGUCACACCGGUCCAUGUAAAAUGGCGUUGUUAGCGACGCCAACGAAGAAAAACGCUAAACGAUUAAUUGUUGGAUCGAGACAGAGUAAAAGAAAUCUCCGAAGAUUAUAAUAUAAUUAUAAUGAUGACAAUCGUAAUACUAAUAUCAACAACGAUAGUAAAGGUAAUAAUACGCCAUGUUAUAAAUUAUUAACGAAUAGACUCAAAUUAAGAUUGUAUGUUAUAUUAUUGAUAUUAGCAGCAGCAGCUGCACCGUCUAUAUCGAAAGCAUUCUCGUUGUCGCCGGAAAUGCAAAAAAUGAUAAAAGAGAAAAAAGAAAGUAAAAGCUGAAGAAGAUAAUUUUUCGACUUCCCAUAUUCCCGCAUUUCCCUUUCCCUCCCCUUGGUUGAUGGCAAAAUGAUUGCUACUUCUAUGUUACGAUAAUUAUAGAUUUUGUGCCAUUCUUUCGAUGUAGUUUUCCUCUUUUCUUUUCUUUCUUUUUUUCUCUAAAGAUACUUGCGCCAUAAUAAUUGCCAUGAAGAGAAUAACAAAAAAUCUUUUAAUGAUAAACGAAUGAAUCAAAAUAACCGAUGAAUUCUCAAAUAAUUUUCUUACAUUUCAUAUUUUUGUUCGUUUGUUUGUUAUUUUUGGUUUUAGUUGAGUUAAAAAAGCACGAUAAUGACAUUUUUCGGGAUCAGCUACAUACUCUAUGUGACGUACACAUAUAGUUGGAUCUUUGGUUUAAUAUUAUGAUUACAUAUGUAAUUUUUUUUCUUUCAAUUUCAAUUUUUUCAAAUUACUGGACUUUUUAUUGAUACGUGAUAAGUUUUAUCGUUCUUCGUUUCGGAAAUUGUGUUUAUUUUUUUUUUUGUUUCAAGAACAGCUUGAAGUACAGUCCGCCAUCGAACGAAAAUUGUAAAAAAUGUGUAAAGGAUUUUGAAAAAAUUGACAGAACGAAAUACACCGGGAGGAAAGAUUUUUUUAUUUGUGCCUCCUGGAAAACACGAAAUUUGGAUACCGCUUUCGAUAAAAAAAUACAACAAUGUUCAUCGCUUUUGAAGCUAGAUUGAUAUUAGAAGAAACUGAAAUAAUCUUUCUUCUUUGAUCAUCUGAAACGGCAUUUCUGUGAUAUGCAUGUUUAUCAUUCCGGUGUGCGCUAUAUUUAAAAUUAAUGUGUUCUCGUGUUCGUUCGUCGUGAAUUUUAGAAACCUUCACAAUUAGACGCACAGUAAUUUUAAUCAAACAAUACCUAAUCAAAAACACGAAGAGGAUAAAAACAUUUGUGAAUGGAAUUUGAAAAUCAACUAGGAUAAAUGAUAAGAACGCGAGUAAAAAUUAAAACGAAAAGAAAAAGAAAUCGUAUCAGUGAUACAGAAACUCUAUUUUUUCCAUGUUGCGCGAGCGAUGGGAAAAAAUAAAACGAAAACAAAAAAUUUCUUUGCUUUAAAUUUUCAUACCAGUUAUAGUUAUUAUUAAGUUAAAUUUUAUAAGUCGGCAUCCACAGAUUACCACACAUAAUAUAUUAUACUUGAGUAUUAAAAGAAUUUUCAGCGUAACCAUGAUGAUCGGUUAUAAAUCUACACGGGAUAGUUUAUGAUAGUUUUUUAAUAUUUAUAUAACAAAGGCGAUUCUCAAAAUUAGGAUAUAAAAUUAUGGUAUGUAGCGAAAAAAAGUUUUAUACGUAAACCUAUUUAUAUAUAUAUUUUUUUUUUAAAGAAAUUAAUUAUUUUAAUAACUAGUAUUAUGCAUAGUAUAUUAUACCCAUAAGUAAUUUUAAGAUAAUUCGCGAAAUACAAUAACCUGCAGGUAAUAUUUUUUUCAUGUGUUAUUUGCAUCGCGCCUCGUGAUGAAUUUGAUGAGCCAUUGUGAAUGCUAGUGCGUAAUUAUUUGUGCAGGUUAGAAAUAUUUUUACGUAUUGAAAUUUUAUUAAAGAAAAAAUUCAUAAUGUGAUCGUUUCUAUCGCAGACAGCUCUUGCGAUAGAAGAUUUCUUUUUCUGAUAAUCAUCGAUGAAAGACCGCAAUAAAAAUCCCUCGAUUAUCGUGUUCAAUGUUGAAACCGUUUAUUCCGAAAUUUAAUUACCUGUUUAUUAGAAUAAAAGAAGGAAAAACGCCCUGAUUAUUUAUCCAUUGCAUGCGGUUGAAAAUAUAUUAAAUCCGGAGAGAAAAGUGAAACAUAAUGAUGAAAAGUAAGAUGUCGCCGACUCGAGCACCAUGAUAAAAUGAUUCUGCACAGUUUUCCUUGAAUAUAUUAAUUCAACAUUUUGAAAAUUAAAUUUUUUGAAAUUGCCAGGGGCGCGAAAAAGGUUCAUCUCCUGUUUUUCCUUUUCUUUCGGGUUAUCAUAACGUACGCUGAGUACCAUUUUGGAUAUCAAUUACGCGUUGCUUUCUUAUAAGGAAAAAAUUUCAACCGCGAUCAUACAUUCCCUCAUAGAUUUUUCGUCUUUAUUAAUAUUAUCGGUCAUACGGUUUUUACUAUAAAGACGCUCAUUCCUUUUUUACUUGUGACGUGUCAAAUAACCUGAGUCUUGCCAAUGCUGUUCAGUUUUGCUGCUGGAUAGAGAUAUUUGAUCAGAUAUGAUUAUCGGCCAUGUAUUUCUUUGCACGUACACAUCGUUUUUUUCUUCAGUCAUAUUAAUUCGUAGAGUUCGCAGGUUCUAAUACUCACUCUCAGGAUAAUAUCUAGGCAGAAGCUUUUCCUUUCGUUUCUAGCAGAGCUUAGUCAUUUAUAAACGAUGUAAAAAUUUUUUAGUGUUCAAAUGAAAAUAAGGUGAUACCAAAUAAAUGGCAUUGUGAAACGGAACGUUCAAAAAGUUAUGAUUUUUCCUUUAUUUUGUUGUACAGUUGAGGAUUAUCUUUAAGUCUCCGUAUUCUGGCUCGUCUAUCUUAAAAAAAAAAGAGAAUGCCAAGAAUAUUAAUAAACUAACUAUAAUUAUGAUAUUCUAAGAGCGUUCUGCGAAAGUAGAUGAUUUUUUCUUGUUUAUAUAUGUGUAUGUAACAAACAAAAUGCUCAAUACACUUUGUAUUAAAUUUGAUUAAUUAUUUGUUAGGAAAAAAUUUCGCAUAGGUUCGUUGUAUGUAUUUUUGAAAUGUCGCGGAUACAAUCCUCUGUUUCAGUAAUAUUGUCAUAAUCAAACCUUGUACGCCCCAAAACUGGGGCUCGUUCCUGCAUUAUGUCAUUUUAAUAUAAAACACAAGCAAAAA